AUGCUUUCAAACAAACAGGAGCUCGAUGACUUUUUGGGUGGUUUGGACAGGCGUAAGCCAGUAUAUGAGCAUUUUAUGAAUGGUAUGAAUUUGAACCUCGUUCAGAAAAAGACUGAGGAGAAGAAAAAGGCGAAAAAUGCUUCUUCAAAAACUUCGGAAGAGCCUGAUAGCGAGAAGCCAAUUUGUGGCGACUCUGGAAUUGAUAUCAAGGAAGAAAAAAAUAACGCUGACCUGCUCGAUCGUUUGGAGAAAGCGGCUUGCCCCCCUGAAGAGCUGUCGAACUCGUCAUCGAUUCGAAGUGAGCCAAAGAUAGUCGAGUUAGACGAUGAUGAUGAUGAUGAUGAAACAAAACAAAGAGUUAGAAAUCUCGACCGACAGUGGUUUUUGGGAGGAAAAGCGUAUUUUCCUAAAUUUGGAAAAUUCAAAUUGGACUAA